CCAAGACGCCCGUUCACUUGUUGAGUCGAUGUGCUUCGUACGUCAAUCGACGCCGAAGCUUCGAAACGCCAGACUGGAGCUUGACGUCUCUCCUCAGCGAGAGAGAAGGUCCUUUUCACGCGUCCAGGCAGCACAAGAGGAGCUGCGGAGGGGCCGUCGCAAUGGCGCCUAAGAGGGGAACCGUGAAGCAGCCGGCUCCGCCACCCGCAGCGGAGAAGAAGAAGGCUGCGGCUUCUGCGGCGAACCCUCUCUUUGAGAAGCGCCCCAAGAGCUUUGGCAUCGGAGGCGCAAUCCCCCCCAAGAAGGAUCUGCACCGGUUUGUGAAGUGGCCCAAGUAUGUGCGCAUCCAGAGGCAACGCAGGGUCCUCAACCAGCGGCUGAAGGUGCCCCCCGCGCUGAACCAGUUCACCAAGACCCUGGACAAGAACCUUGCCACGAGCAUGUUCAAGCUGCUGCUGAAGUACCGGCCCGAGGACAAGGCGGCCAAGAAGGAGCGGCUGCAGAAGAAGGCGCAGUCAGAGGCGGACGGCAAGACGCUCGAGUCCAAGAAGCCCAUCGUGGUCAAGUACGGGAUCAACCACAUCACGUACCUCAUCGAGCAGGGCAAGGCGCAGCUGGUCGUGAUUGCUCAUGACGUGGACCCCAUCGAGCUGGUCGUGUGGCUCCCCGCGCUUUGCCGGAAGAUGGGCGUGCCGUACGCCAUCGUCAAGGGCAAGGCUCGCCUGGGAGCUGUCGUUCACAAGAAGACGGCAACCGCGCUCGCUCUGACGUCGGUGAAGAACGAGGACAAGCACGAGUUCAGCAAGAUUGUGGAGGCGGUCAAGGCCAACUUCAACGACCGGUUCGACGAGUUCCGGCGGUCAUGGGGCGGUGGCAUCAUGGGAGUCAAGUCGCAGGCCAAGACGAAGGCCAGAGAAAAGGUGAUCGCAAAGGAGGCAGCUCAGAGGUUGUCUUAGAGGCCCCAUGCCACCAUCACGUUUUUUUAUCGAAUGCUGAAAGCAAGCCAUUCAGUCCCGAUUCCUCCUCCCGCGUGAUUGAUACAUGCCUGAUCGUGUGCAAAGGUGCUUUUGGCGCACGUGCUGCUUUGACACGGAUGUAUAUGUGAGUACUUCGGCUUGCGUACACAUCCUGCUGGCC